AAUCUGGCAACACUAAACUCCUAGAAUCACGUUGUUAAGCGAAAGCUGUCAAAAUUUCGUAAUAUUUUCUAGAUUGUUUUUUUCCCACACUCUGAGUGAAAAGCGCGAGCAGCGCACUCCAACGAAUCGGGACAAUGUCGUGGCUUUUGGGCAGGAACCGCCAGCAGCCGCAGCCGGAUCAGUCCGCCGGCUUUCCGGACGGAGGAGGAUCUGCCGAUCCGGAGGGCAGGACGGCCGGCGAGAAGUCCGGUGAUGCGCAACUGAGCCGGGCGGAGCGUAAGGCCAUGGAGGCGUACCGCUUCGACUCGUCGGCGCUGGAACGUGCGGCGGAUGCUGCCAAAACCCUGGAGCGUUCAAAACACGCCCGGGAGGCCCUUGAGCUGUCCAAGAUGCAGGAGGCCACCCGGCAAACGGAGUACAACACCAAGGUCAAGGAGUACGAGGCCCACAUCGAGCAGGCCAAGGUCGAGCAAAAGCGCAUCGAUCACGAAGAGCGCCGCAAGACCCUCAUCGAGGAGACCAAGCAGCAGCAGCAGCGUGCCCAGUACCAGGAUCAGCUGUCCCGCAAGCGGUAUGAGGAUCAGCUGCAGCAGCAGCAGCGCGUGCAGGAGGAUAACCUGCGCAAGCAGGAGGAGAGCGUCCAGCGCCAAGAGGCCAUGCGGCGCCAGACCAUCGAGCACGAGAUCGAGAUGAAGGAGAAGAACCGACUCAAGCUGCUGGAACACGAGCUGCGGGCCAAGGCACGUGUGGAUCGCGAGAACCGGGAUAUCAAUUUGGAGAAGAUCCGUCUCAAGGCGCAGGAGCAUCGAACUACCGUGCUGGAGGGCAUCAAAACUGCUGGUACUGUCAUCGGUGCCGGGGCUGAAGCUAUGCUUACCGACUGGGAUAAGGUGCUGACCGCCGCCGGAGGACUUUCGUUGUUGGCCCUGGGCGUGUACACGGCCAAGGGCGCCACCGGAGUGGUGUCUCGAUAUGUGGAGGCGCGCAUCGGUAAGCCUACGUUGGUUGGCGAGACGUCGCGCUUUGCUUUUCUGGAUGCCCUUAAGAACCCGCUUAACUACCUAAAGAGGUUGCGCGCCAAGCCCACCGAUGCCUUGCAGGGCGUUGUGUUGAAUCCAAAGCUGGAGGAACGGCUACGUGACAUUGCCAUCGCCACGAAGAACACACGUAUUAACAGGGGCAUGUACAGAAACGUUUUGAUGCACGGCCCACCCGGAACGGGCAAGACUAUGUUCGCUAAGAAGCUGGCCGAGCACUCUGGCAUGGACUUUGCCAUCAUGACCGGUGGCGAUGUGGCGCCCAUGGGCAAGGAGGGCGUGACGGCCAUCCACAAGGUGUUCGACUGGUCGCACACCUCUCGCCGCGGACUGCUGCUCUUCGUGGACGAGGCCGAUGCAUUCUUGCGGAAACGGUCCUCAGAAAAGAUCUCAGAGGAUCUGCGUGCCGCCCUGAACGCCUUUCUGUACCGCACCUCCGAGCAGAACCCCAAGUUCAUGCUUGUGCUGGCCUCUAACACUCCCGAGCAGUUUGAUUACGCUAUCAACGAUCGUCUGGACGAGAUGGUGGAGUUCACGCUGCCUGGCUUGGAGGAACGGGAACGCCUCUUGCGUCUGUACUUCGACAAAUAUGUGCUGCAGCCUGCCGCUGCGGGUGCCAAGCGGUUCAAGCUGGACACCUUUGAUUAUGGAAAGACGUGUUCGAAGAUGGCCGCUCUGUGCGAGGGCAUGUCGGGUCGAGAAAUCUCCAAACUGGGCGUGUCCUGGCAGGCUGCAGUCUAUGCCUCCGAGGAUGGUCUGCUCACCGAGAAGAUGGUCCUGGACAGGUGCUACUCCGCUGCUCAACAGCACAAACAGAAGAUGGCCUGGCUUUCCGAUCAGGAGCGUGCCGAUCACAAAUCCAUCACUGGCGCAGCUGCUCCACCUCUUACCCUCACUGCCAACAAACUGUGAAGCGCUAGGAAGGAGCUGAUGUCGAAGUAGAUGCAACCUGCAUUCAAAACUUGUUUAGUUUUCUAAUCAUUUAACAUUAAGUUGGUACGCACAGGGCUUUACCUUACUAAUGGACACCAACCAGCAGCCGAGACACCAAAAAGUGCAUAUCGGUUACGUGUAUGCAUUUAACAGCCUGUACAUAAUCGUUGGCGGAAACAUGUGUUCGUCUAUAGAUACAAUUAAGUUUGACCCACUGAUAAUUGUAUUAUAAGCCUACAUUCACUGUCUCAAUAGAGUAUACAAUAAGAGGUAUAUAUUUUAA